AUGUGGAUUACUAACUGUUUGUUGCUCUUGGCAUGUGUAUUUUAUACGGUACAUGGUAGUUACAUUGAAACCAUCAACGUUGAACUACUCGUAGAAAAUGGAGGCGAGAUCAGUACACGAUUGCAGAGAGAGGAUAUGGCCACUUAUGUCGACUACAGCACCAAAGCAGUCAUUUUCAUCACGAAGAGACCGGACUCCCAAAACUUUUAUAAUCUCGAGGGUCAUCUACAGAUUGGAAUGAGGUUGGUUCAUAUCGAACCCAACUCUGGCGGAAGUCAACACGUCAUAGUCAGACAGGAAACACUGCGUUACAAACCUCAGGACUAUACUGGGCACAGACAAAAGAGAUCGUUGAGAGUUUUUACCAUUGAAGUAGGUUUCGUUGCAGACUACCAAAACUACCUAAGUUUUCUUAAUCGGAGCAAUGAGGAUGUAGAGAUAGCCGAGACGGAGAUGAAGCAUUAUUUCGCUUUCAUUGCUGAGAAGCUGAAGGUUCGAUACCACCAUAUCAACGAAGUAGAUGGCACCAUAGCCGUAGAUGUCGUUACUGCCGGUCUGACAAUAGUCGAGGAACGUGAGCUAAGUACGUUCAGCGAGAACUACGUUGUUAGUAGAACAGUGGAGGCCAGGACUAUGUUGAACGCUUCGCAGUACUGGUUUCUGAACCCUCCCAAUGGAACAAUACUACCACCUGCAGACCACUACAUGUUCUUUACCGGAUACAACCUUGUCCACGCUGAAAAUCUGGGAAAUGCUGGCCUGGCAUACAAAGCAGCCACUUGUGUGGAGAGUCAAUACUCCAAUCUGGUGAAGAGCACCUCAGUUGUAGAAGAUCAUCGCGAUGGCGAAACUGGAGUAACAGCUUCUCAUGAACUUGGUCAUGCUUUGAACAUGAGUCAUGACACUGCCGUUGGUUGUAAAGAUUCGGACUCCUACAUCAUGGCAGGAACGGCAGUGCUGAUUCUAGAUUCCAGUAAAGCCCAGAGACCAUGGCAGUUCUCGACCUGUUCUGUCAGAGAUAUGAAAACCUUUAUUCUUGGUGAUGGUGGAAAAUGUUUUGGUGAUAAUCGAUAUGGCACUGGAGUAGUUACCUCCUCGGAGCGACCAGGGCAGUAUUUCAACCUAGACGAACAAUGUGCUAUGAAGUAUAAUGAAUCCUUCACAUUUUGCUCCUUCCCUUACACAUCGGAUAAAGAUCAAUUGUGCUAUAUAUUAUACUGCUUCGAUGGGAAAUCUAAUUGCUUGAGUGCCAGAGUCAUGGAAUACACGACAUGUGACGUAAAUAAAUGGUGUCACAGAGGACUAUGCAUCAAGGCAAACAAUACAGCACCAGAAUUUGUCAACUUGCCAACCGGAAGUGUCAAUUUAGCACCAACCGCUCAAGGUGUCAUCUUGAAGGUCCAGACGUUUGAUCCCGAUGAAGGCGAUGUCAUGGUUUUCCAUACCACUUGGGAUCCACCUUCUAUAGCGGACAUUGUGGCAUUUGACGCUACCAAAAAGGAAGCGUCUGUUCAGCCUGGAAAAAGUUUAGCGUCCGUAAAAAACUUCAGCUUGAUCAUGUCAGUUGAUGACGGUUUACUGAUCACACUUCCGGUCAAUGUGGACUUUGUGGUGACACAGUCAGCUAACAGCCCACCAAGAUUCACCCAAACGAUAUACAUAGGACAAGUUUCUGAGGGCAAAGCUGGAACACUGGUGUACGACCUCAGUAAAAAGGUAGUGGAUACAGAUAGCACCGCCUUCACCUUCUCGUUGGUCCGUCCUCAAUUCCCAAGCACAUACUUCAAUAUAAACGAUACGGGAAUUAUUACGUACGCUCGCGAUUACGACAACCCUAGUGUUUCUACCAAUCAUGGCACUGUCACAGGAACGUUGACCAUCAACUUGGUGAAUACGAACGAAAAGCCAUUUUUUAGGGAAGAUACUUACAACAUACAAGUUAUGAAUGGCCCGAAAGGGUCUAUAGUCGUUCAAGGCCUUAACAAUUUAAUCAUCGAUCCUGACGUUGGCGAUGUAUUGAUGUAUCGUAUUGAAACAAGCGAUUAUUCAUUCUACUUCGCGAUAAACGCGUCCAAUGGUCAGAUAACGUUUGCAGAAGACUACGGCUACGACAAAACCAUCUACCCUCGAAAGGUAAACUUAACCGUAUCGGUGACAGAUGAAGAAGGUCUUAGAGACUCGGCUGUUCUACUUAUCACCAUCACCACGCAAAAUCAGAAGCCUGUCAUCUCUAAUUUACCCGAAGCUGCUUCAGUUGAGGAGAACUCUGCCGAUGGACUGGAAGUGUUCAUCGUCUCAUUCACUGAUGUGAAUUUGGAGGACAACCACACCUUCAGUCUUUUAUCAACCCCAGCUGAAAUGGCAAAUGCCUUCACCAUCGACAAUAAUGGAAUCAUCAGGGUAAAUACAGGAGCUAUCUUGGAUUUCGAAACUUCACCCGUGAAGAUUUACGUUCAGGUGACCGUGACAGACAGCCAAGGAGCAGCGUCUGAUCCAAGGACGCUGACUGUCUCUCUUACAGAUGUCAAUGAAGCACCCCGCUUUAAUCAAACCGCAUACAAUUUCAUCGUGACAGAGGGAAAGGGAGGCCAAGUCCUCAUAGACAGUUUGGUGCCAUUCGUGACCGACCCAGACGCUGGUGAUACGCUUCACUUCAGUAUAAUACAAUCAGUAUACUCCCUUCAUUUUAUGGUGGACAAGAACAACGGCUCCAUCACAUUCAACGGAGACUAUGAUGCCGAUCCUAAACGUCUGCCCAAUACAGUGGACAUGUACGUUGCGGUCCGAGACGACGGCCUGCAGUCACACAGAGCCGACUUCAUUUUCAACAUCACCAACGUCAACCAAGCACCACGAUUCUCCAAUCUACCACGCACGAUCGAGCUACAGACACCCAUAGCCGACGGCAUCGAUAUCUUCACAGUAAAAUUCGUCGAUAAAGAUUCCACAGAUGUUCUGACUCUUGAGGCUGAUCUCCAACAAACAGCUCCUUUUUUCACAUUUAAUGCAACAGCGAAAACACUCAUACUGACCAACAGUGCUGGUAUCACCACUAACAUCACCUUUGUCAUAAAGUUCACAAUCAGUGAUGGGCAGCUCUCUGCUACCGCCAACCUUACCAUCCGAUAUACCAUUCUUCCAGAGGUUACUACCAUAACAACAACGGCCUUUCCACCAACAACAACAAUUCGUCAACUCUUUAUUUUGGAUCUGCCUGCCGCCGUGAUCAUUUCAGAGAAUUUUGGAAAUGAAUCAUUUUAUACGGUUACAACCAACGCGCUUGAUGUUUCCAAACUGAACUUUACCUUUGAGCAGUUUCCAGCGGGACUACCUGAACUGUUCAUGAUCAGCAACGGUGGAGCUGUGUUCGUGAAAAAUGUAGCAGCUUUAGAUUUUGAAACUCUUCCACCGACGGUGUAUCUACUUGUCACUGCAUACGAAGGCACCUUGAAGUCGUCUUCUGAAUACCUCAAUAUAUCUAUAACGAAUGUGAACGAACCAGUGUCCUUUAAUCAAACUACGUAUAGAUUUGCCAUCAAAAAGGCACAGGCUGGACAGACACUUAUUGAAAGCCUUUUACCGUUUCUGAUGGAUGCAGACAACACUGAUACAUACACCUUUGUGCUCAGGAGCGGAAACGAUUCCAAGCACUUCAUUAUCGACGAAUCUACUGGUGCCAUUUCUCUUCUGAACACGUUUGACAUAGACACCGUAUCUACGGUCGUAAGCUUAACCGUAGCAGUUAAGGAUGCCACGUCUAGCUUCGUGCCAGCUGAAGUUCGAUUUACCUUCAAUAAACCACCGAGGUUCAGCAAUCUUCCGACAACGAUAGACGUACCAGAAGUAACAUCCGUGGGUGUGGAAGUCUUUACAGUCUCCGUUACAGAUCCGAAUGUCGGAGAUGUUGUUGCUGUGAUCGAAGACAGACAUACGUCAGUUGGUUUUACAACUUUUGAUGUUAUAUUUGACGCAACCAAGGGGAACACUGUUAGUGUUCAAGGUACAGCUGUACAAGAUGCUAGCCGGAUGAAAGCAACGAUUUACUUCACUGCAACUGACGGUAUCUAUACCAUAGAGAGCAGUCUUAUUAUCAACAUCGUUAAAACAGUGCCAACGUCCACACCAACAUCAGAGAAACCAGUCACUACUGCAUCUGAGUUACCAGUGACUACCAAGGACUCUGGUGUUCCGAAUGGUCAAACACCACAAGGCACUGGGAGCACCUUGUCAACAACUCCUUCAACAACCUCUCCAGCUGAACCACUGUUCAACAGACCAUGGGUAAUAGUGGUUCUGUCAGUGGUAGGGAUCCUCAUCCCGACGUUGAUCAUUUUAGUGGUCUGUAUCAUGUACCGACGAAGCAAACAAGGCGAUAAUAUAUAUUUUACAAAUAGUGAUUAUCUUUAUGAAAAAGAUGUCGAGUAUUAG